AACUUAAACGUAUUCGUAAGCAUUCCACUGUAACAUGUUAUUUGUUAGUAACAAAUAGGCUUCUUUAUAAGUAAUAAACCUUAAUAGACUUCGUAAAAGGACCAAAAAAGAUAUGUUCGGGGACUUUAGGAAGAGCCAUGCACAUGGACACGAGGCCAACGAACUAGAGGCAUUUAUGAACUCUCUGGAACAUAGAGAACUGGAACCGAUCCAAUACUUUUAUCACAUGACCACUACACAAAACAUCCGCAAAAUAUUCGAAGAAGGAGUUAUGAUCCCGAGAAACACAGAAUCGCCAUAUUGGACGAAACUAGCACGUGACCAAAAUUCACCAAUCGGUGUAUGGUUUAACGCAAGCCUUUAUCACAGUGAACAUCCAAUGACAUCACCAUAUGGUGAGAACAGAAUAAAAAUUCCGUGUCACUUUAUUGUACAAAACAUGUUCAAACCAAGACUGUUUCUAGAAUCAUUUUAUUACUUUCAAUCCAACCCUAAAAACCAAAUUGUUAGACUGAUUUUAGUAGACGCUGAAAUGAACAAAAAGGAACACGACUGGUGUGACAAGAAUUGUUUGAAACGUGUCAAUAUGGUUGACAACAAAAUGCUGAUUCUUGAUAGAAGUAGUAAGACAUACAAGAGCGUGAAGAAUGAUGGAAUCAUAUUUCCAUACAUAUGGAUAGAAGUUCUCGUCGUUGGUCACGUGGAAAUGGUCGCUAUAGAUACUAUAGAAGAAACUUCUCCCAGUAAACAAGAGGCCAUACCGGGGAAAGUUCCUCCACUGAAAUAAUAGUAGGCCUUAGACAUUUUCUGUUCUUAAUAUGAUGUGUAUGAAGUCCAGGUCCGAGUGUAAUACUUUGAGGUUACCUUUUUAAGUUUGUUUAUUUCCUGGAAAAAUACUAAUUUUGAGCUAUUAUGAUUGGUGGAAAGCUUUCAUGUGUAACAUAACUGAAUGGAAUUAAAGAUUUGUUUACUUCAA